CUUUGCGCCCAAAGGUCGCUUACUCUUCUGCAAGCCACCAUGCACGCCCAAUGAAAGGCGCCAAUCACCGUCAAAGUCAGGCAACUUUUGUUUAUCCAUGAUUUGUCCUUGCAAGGGACACCACAUGUCUUCACGCAUCUCCGUCUUUCCUUUAGGUCUAUAUAUUCACCUCCCUUUCCACUCCCGUCCUGGUCUAUAUAUCUCAACCUUUAGCAAUCACAAUCAUCAUGCCUCCCAGUCGAAAUCAUCCACACACCCGCCAAGAAUGGGAGGCCAUCCGACCUGUCUUCAUGAGGCUGUACAAGGAAGAAGACAAGAAGCUUUCGGAUGUCGUGAAAAUAUUGGCAACAGAGCACGAUUUCCUUGCGAAAGAAGUCCACUAUAAGAGGCGCAUUUGCACCUGGGGCUUGGACAAGAAGAAGAAGCACCCAGAGAUGGCUUUCGCAUCCCGCGUCAUCGCAGACCGCAAGACUCUCGGCAAAGCCACGAGGCUGAGCAUCCGAGGCGACGCUGUCUCCAACGAUGAUGUGCGGAAGUACUGGAGAAGAAAAUCAUCAGAGCCUGACGCUAUGUCGCUUGUCGCAGCCACGCCGCCAGGUGUCGUUUACUGGACACCAUCACCAUCGCCUGCCGCCAGAGAUCCUUCGACGUCUCACGCAGAACCCGUGAUGACUUCCGAGGGGGACGACGAUAAUGACCCACAGCCUUACGAACGGCUUAGAGGAUAUGUUUUCACACCUCAUGUAACCCCUUUCAUGACCCUAAAUCAUCUCGAACCUCCACAGAUGGUCUUGCAUCAGGCGAAAAUCUAUAUUCACAGCAGUAUGGAAGCACGCCACGACCUCGAACGCAAAGAUCACGAGGCAUUCACCGAAGUUGGAGGAUUGAUAUCCCGUUGGCUCUUGAAGGUAGCCUUUGGAGUGACACCCUAUACGGCAGCAUUGGACGAGCUCGCAAUUGACGAGAUGCUUCCCAAAAUCGCAUCCAAGAUGAACCCAUUCUUUUUGACGACCGUGGUCGCGCAGAUGGCUGUCUACUGCGUCUGGGGCGAGCGUCAAGGUUACCCUUCCGUGAAACAAGCGUCCAGGAAGCUGCUGUGGAAACUCGUGCAACAUACUUCCGCAGCAUACUCGAGCUCGUCUCCACUAGCCAUACUAUUCCGGACAAUUGCGCAGCACUUCAACGAGAUUGGCCCUUGGACGAAGGCAAUAUUGGAAGUGGCAGAAGACCUCUUCGUCACCUCAUUUGGCAACGGGACCUCACUGACCUGGUCGCUGUACGAGAGUCUGGCACGGAUCUAUUAUUGGGAUUUCAACGAUCAGAUGACCCUCCAUUAUGCACAGAGAGCUGAAGAGGCUGCUGCUGCUUCCAGAUACAAAUCUGUUCGGAAAUCACUGAUAACGAAAGAAGCACUGAUCAGUGCUCACAUCGAUUUGUGUGCUCUUGAUCAAGCCGAAGCCGAAAUCCAUGCCACGCUUGCGAUCCAUCUGAGAGAGGACUUCGGACAUAAUGCACAACAUCGUUUGCUUCUUUGCUUGGGUGAAAUCAGACGAAUGCAGGGAAGAAGAGGAGAAGCCCGGUGGCUGACCGAUCAGGUCCUGAGUGCCCGUCUCGAGCUAUUCGGACCUGGAGAUACGCUAGUCAUGGACAUUGUUAACGUCUAUUACAAGCGCUAUUACAGUGCUUAUGCCGCCGAAUCAUCUGGUCCCGUGCAGAGUGGUUGCCAGGAGCCAUUGAGCUGGCGUUGCGAACAAGUCAACUUGCUGUACAAUAGCUGAGAUAGUCUUUCGUAGGCGAAUCCAUCACCAGUCGCCCUUGUCUUGCGUCUUCCAUGUCGGCAGCAACGAUUGUCCUGACUGCAGCCGUAUCCGAGCUCUUUCUGCACCAGGAGUUACAUUAUGUCGGCCUUACCUGCCGUUCGCCAGCCAGACAGCCAGUGAUCGAGGAAGCAGCGACGCUCCUGCCCAUUAAAGUCAACCGUUCAUCUGAAGACAUUCUGCCACCUCAUCCCAACACCACUCUUCCACACUCAUCAUACACCCAAGCAGCCUUUCUCACAUAUUAAGUCAAGACACAAGCAACAAUGUUUCGGUCAUCACACGGCAAGCGCCGGUACAGCGACUCCCGCGAUCCUCUCCCAAAGCACAAGCGGCCUUAGAUAGGCGUCAGCGAUGGCUCCCACGAUAUCCCAACUGACAGCCAUCCCC